AUGCCACUCCACAGCAUCAAACUCGAUCUCGAGCGUAUUCGCUUACUGCGUCUGAACGUGACGGUAUACGACAUCGAGGACGCGCUCAUGGGCAAGCACGCACAGAAACUGAAGAUCAAGCUGAGUCCGGCUCUGAUCCAGACCUUUGAGGAUAAGGGCGUCAUCCGAGUGUUCCCUCCCAUGAUCCUGACCAAGUCCAAACGAGAGAAGAAUGUCUUCCACGUCAUACAGUUCCUCAAACGAGAGCUACCCAACGUCAUCGUCUGUGGAAUCCCAACGAUAACCCGAGCGGUGAUCAACAAGGCAGAGAAGGACUUUAAGGUCAACGGCUACAAUCUGCUGGUGGAGGGUAACGAACUCAGCACUGUUCUCUCAACACCAGGCGUAGACAGCACGAAGGCGGUGUCUAAUCACGUGAUGGAAAUGGAGAAGACUUUGGGCAUUGAAGCAGCCAGACAGACCAUCAUUGUACAGAUCGACAAUGUCAUGAGUAGUUACGGAAUCAAGGUGGAUACGAGGCAUCUGAUGUUACUCGCUGAUCUGAUGAGUUGCAAAGGCGAGAUUCUGGGUAUUCAACGUCAUGGUAUCUCUAAGAUGAAGGACAGCACCUUUGCUCUGGCAUCUUUCGAGCGCACGUGUGAUAAUCUGUUUGAGGGUAGUGUGCAUAGUCAGGUGGACAAGAUCACCGGCCCCAGUGAAUGCAUUAUGAUGGGCAUCCCUAUCUCCAUUGGCACGGGCAUGUUUAAGUUACUGAGAGACCCCGUUACACCCGGGAGCUCUCACGUGAGGCAAACGGUCUAUGAACCCAAACCAGUCCUGUUUGAUACGCCGGAAUUGCAUACACCCGUGUGAAUAAACGUAUAAACGUGUACCGA